CAAGAUUUGAGGUGUGAUCGAGCUCGUUCGACCGAUCCAUGAACAGUAGUAACACACUGCCUAAAAGGCUCACACAAAGGGAUCUUUCGAGUGGCCUUCAGAAACUCUAGUUUCGGUUUGGGCAUCUUUCGUUGCUGCCAAAGUUAAUUGCAGAUAUAACCGAGUAGUAUUACCACUCAUGGCCGGCCGAUGACCAUCGUUUCCUCCUACCACCAGUAGUAGUAGUCUCCUUGGAGGUCCACCUGGUCUCAGUUGUCACAUUCUAGUAUUCCUUUUGCCAGUACCUUCACUACAUACACUGGUGUUGUCGCUGCAAGCACCAUCCCAAAAGAAGUGUGCACCACAUCACACAAAAAAGUAUAUGCCCUCUAAAUACCAAGAAGAAGUAGUAAGAGCAGAUACCAAAUAGAGAGAGAGAGAGGAAACUGCAAUGGCCGAAACAGGUGAUGCCAGUAGAACCCUCAGGACAAGCAACUUACCUUCUUGGAUAGUCCUGAGAAGCUUGCUUUCAUGUAAAGGUAAGAACGAUGUACGAGGGAAGAAGAAGAGCAAGAAGAAUGGAUGCUCCGAGUCCUCGGGUAGAAUGAGGGAGAACUCCAGUCUCGUAAGGCCGGAGAUGGCCACAACUGAGGUUGGUAAGAAGCUGCCUGCGGCGAGCACAUGCAAUGCUUGCAGUAGAUCCUUGAGAUCUCCUUGUAAGGAUAUCGGUGGAGGAGACAUCUCCACAUCCUUUGCUUCUUAUUCUUCUGCCUCCAUCAAUGCCUCUGCCAUUUCUUCGUCUUCUUCCUCUCUCGGAGGAUCUUUUAGAGGAAUGCACCUGAGGAGGUUUUCUGGCUGCUACGAGUGUCAUGUGUCGGUCGAUCCCAUCAACGGACCUUCUGGGGAUCCUUCCAUGAGGGCUAUCACCUGCACUUCUCCUGGCUGUGGGGAGAUCUUUCUGAGGCCCGAGUCUUUGGAGCUCCACCGGGCAAUUAGACAUGCAGUAUCUGAAUUGGGACCUGAAGACACAAGCAGAAACAUAAUUGAGAUCAUUUUCCAGUCAAGCUGGCUCAAGAAUCAAACCCCGGUUUGCAAGAUAGAGAGGAUACUGAAGGUCCACAACACCCAGAAGGCCAUAGCAAGGUUUGAGGACUACAGAGACUCCAUAAAGGCUAAAGCCAACAAGCUCACGAAAAAACAUCCAAGGUGUGUUGCUGAUGGGAAUGAGCUCCUGAGGUUCCACUGUGCCACUUUUGCAUGCUCCCUCGGCAUCAAUGGAUCCACCAAUCUGUGCCAAUCGAUCAAACACUGCAACGUGUGCAGCAUCAUAAGAGACGGGUUCAAAGUUGAGGAGCAAGGGAGGAUUCAAACGAUGGCUACGAGCGGGAGGGCGCAUGACAUGGCUCGUAUCUCGUCGGAUCAUGAGAAGAGGGCGAUGCUGGUUUGCAGGGUAAUCGCAGGAAGAGUGAAGAAGAACCAAGAUGCCGUGGAGGAAUUUGAUUCGAUGGCUGGACCGGCAGUAACGUAUUCGAAUUUAGAUCAGCUCUUUGUCUUCAAUCCUAAUGCCAUCUUGCCAUGCUUUGUUGUGAUCUAUACGAGUUUUUAGUGCCAUCGAUCAUUGUAAAUCUCGAGUUGCAAGUUCUGCUGCUCUUCUUGGAUUCA